AUGUACACCGUUAGCCGCCCAUACUCGACCCGAUCACGCUCUCGGUCGAUCCUCAUUAUCCUCCUCUUCAUCCUUUGCGUACCGAUCUUCCUCUACCAGCUUAUACCUGCCUUCACACAGUCAACGGACACCCUUAUCGAAAAGCUCGUCACCCAUUUCCAGGAAAGUCCCUGCACAUCAGAUAUAGGAGACGCACAGUGCUGUGCGCUCUUCAUGAAAGCAACUCCAUGCGUCGAAGAAUGCAGGAAGCAGUUCGUUGACCGAGAGACCUUCACACUGACACUCGAGUACGACCAAUGCGCCGAUACGUGCCUGCGGGACUGGGAGGGCUGCAACGGAGUCCAGAGGGAAAACACCACAUGA